AUGCUGUCACUCCCCAAGCUAUCCACGGGGAAAACUGUUGUUCUCGCCUGCCUCCUCCAUGCGUGCGCGUCCCUCCCCCGCCAUCACAGGCUCAGAGGCGGGGAGUCAGAGGACCGGCAACCCGCUGCAUACCCACCCAGCUCAGACAUGAUCAAAGCCCUGGAGUACAUCGAGAGCCUGAAGCAGCGGACAGAUGGGGACAGAGAGCGAGAGGAGCCAACAAGAGACUAUGAUGAGGUCGAAAAGUUCCACAUCCUCCUCCAGCUCGCCUCUCUCCAGGACGAAGGCGCACCCGAAAGGCAGUCCUCUCCGCCGGCUCAGAGGCAGCAAGACAUCCCGGCUGAGCAGCUGGUGAGAGCCUUGCUCAGGACCCUCCAGGAACAGCCCGCUAGUCCCCCCAGACCCGCUCCCGUGGUGCCGGGGAACGAACGUCGCACGCACAGAUACCAAUCGGUGAACACAGGCAGCCCCGUAAAUGCACCUGCCUACGGUGGCUUCCCGAGGCCGCACAAGAAGUACCCGCUGAUGUUCGAGGACGAGGAGAAUAGGGACAGCGCCAAGCGCGCUACGGAGGACCUGGACGAACAAUACACCCCUCAGAGCCUUGCCAACCUGCGCUCCAUCUUCGAAGAGCUGGAGAAACUAUCCACAUCCAACGGCCAGAAGCGCGGAAUCUUUGAUGAUGACGAUGAUGAUUUAUUCAGUCUGAGGAACCUGGCCUACGAGGAUGUGGCGGGC